UGAAAGUGAGUGAGAGAGAAAGAGAGGCAGAAAGGAAAUAAGACAGAAAGUAAUGAUAGACCACAAACAUUUACUUUUAAGUUUUGCUGCUAAAGAAUAUUUGGAAAUAAGAGAAACUAUUGGCUGAUUUGUAACCUGCAACAGUUUCAGGGGAUCUUCUCCAUGAGACAUUGUGACCUCUGGUUCCUAUCACCACCACUGUAAAGAAAUCAGAGAAGCUUGAGCUCACUGCACACUGAAAAUGGAGUUGCUCAGAAACUACUUGGCCGAGCGCCGGAUUCGGAAGAACCGCCUGGUGACCAAAGAUGGCCACUGCAACAUCGCAUAUGUCAGUGUGAGGUAUAGCAAGCUCUUCAUCUCUGUUCUUGAUUUCUGGACCACCUUGAUGGAGAUGCGCUGGCGUUAUGUCAUCAUUCACUUAUCGGCCUCUUUCGUGUUCAGCUGGUUCAUCUUUGGACUCUUCUGGUAUUGGGUUGCCAUUGCUAAUGGUGACUUAUCCUGGCAAAACCCCCUUGCUAACCACAGCUAUUGUGUACUGAAUGUCUUUGACAUGACUGGUGCUUUCCUCCAAUCCAUAGAGACCCAGAUGUCCAUUGGCUAUGGCUUUCGGCUCAUCACCCCAUAUUGCCCUAGCGCCAUCACCGUCUUCACAGUUCAGUGUGUCUUCGGUACAAUAAUAAUCUGCUUCUGGUGUGCCGUGGUUAUGACCAAAGUUGCCCGGCCCAAGAAAAGAGCCAAGACCAUCAGCUUCAGUGAGAUGGCUGUAAUCUGCUCCAAACAAGGCGCGCUCUGCUUGCAGAUACGAGUAGCCAACCUGCGCAAAAGCUUGACCAUUGGGAGCCAGAUCUAUGGUAAGCUGCUUAGGAUGACUGUCACACCUGAAGGUGAAACCAUCAUCAUGGACCAGAUUAGCAUUGAGUUUAUGGUGGAUGCGGGGAAGGACAACUUAUUCUUUGUCUGCCCUUUGACCCUGUACCAUGUCAUUGAUGAAACAAGCCCAUUCUUUCACAUGACGGUGGAUACUCUGCAGCACCAGGAGUUUGAGCUGGUGGUGUUUCUGGAUGGCACAGCUGAGUCCACCAGCUCCUCCUACCAGGUCAGGACUUCUUAUAUCCCUCGAGAGAUCAUGUGGGGUUACCAGUUCCUCCCCAUCAUCUCCCGCAACAAAGAGGGAAAGUAUUGUGUAGACUUCUCCAACUUCUCCAAAGUGGUUCCUGUAGAUACUGCACCCUGUGCCUACUAUUAUCACGGGGAGAGCCACUUUCCCAACACAAAUGCCAGCACUGAUGAUGAGGGGUUUCAAGAGAUAGAAAAAACUGACCUAUCUGGUGCUUCCAACAUGUGAUGCAUUCAUGUUUAUCUUUGGAACCAACAUAUUUGCUCUGUAACUGUGGGGCAUGAAAAAAAAAAAAUCUGCUUCAUUUAAUAUUUCAGUAGAACAUUCAAUGCAACCCAAGAAUCAGGUUGAGUUUAAAGAAAGAUUUUACAUCUUAUGUCUACCCUGUUCUACUUUUUGCAGUGUAUAAAAAUUGUUUAAGUAAAUGUAAAAAGUUAAGUUACGCUUUGCUUAGCAUCUUUUCCCUAAUCAACAUCAAUGAUAAUAAUUUCACUGCUGUUUAUUCUUGCAUCCAAAAUAAUAUGAUUGAAGCAGUUGGGAAAGUAAGUUAUCACUUAGGUCCCCCAGAUGGUCAGAAACAGGCCUGAUAUUGCCAACCACCUUCUUGUAGUGCUUUCAUAAAUGA